CGGACGCAGGACCCGGGCUCUCUGCUGCGGGCGCGCCUGUUUUCCUCCUGCUGCCGCCUGGUCCUGCACAGCCCCCGCCCGCUGGUCCCUCUCGCUCGGAUCAGCCCCGCCCGCCAUCGGUGCCCCGCGCUGGAUUUAUGAAUGGGGGGAAGAGGCCACAUGCAGCCACCGCCGCCUCGAGUUGACCGCACACUGCCGGGCCCCGCAGAGCUCCGACUACCCUAAGAGCAUCCGCCUGGCCUCGGUAGCUGCUCCGAGGACUUGUUGCUGUUACGCUGCUGCCGCCGCCGCCGCCACCGGGAGAAAACCAGCCGCCUUCAGGCUCAGCGCGGUCUGGGAGCCAAAGGGUGGCCCGCGUGAGUGUGAGCGCGCGCGCCGCGGACCCUCGCAGUGCUCUGGGACUGUGCGCUUCUCUGUCUUUCUGGGGUUGGGGGGCGUGUCCCCGGCCCUGAGCAUCCUUGUGCUUGCCCCUACCUCCCGGGACCCCUGGCUUGAGUCCUCGACCCUUGUCUCCACUUCCUGCCUCCCCUAGGCUCUGCCUGCCCCUUUCCCAACCACCUGUACACUAGAGAAACCCAACUCCUCCUGCUCCGCGCCCUGGGGGGGGAGGGGAGGGGGGAGGCAGGGGCAGAGCCACGCCGCAGAAGGGGCCGCCACUGCCUCCUGCCUCCUCCUCCUCCACCUCCUCCUCCUCCUCCACCUCCUCCUCGUCUCCUCCCCCUCCCCGGUCUGACGCUGCCUCCUUGGGAAGGGUGUUUGGAGGGCAGCGGCCGCCCCAAGCCGGAGCCCCGCAGCGCUUCUUAUGAUCAGCUCGGUGUGUGUCUCCUCCUACCGCGGGCGCAAGUCGGGGAACAAGCCUCCGUCCAAAACAUGUCUGAAGGAGGAGAUGGCCAAGGGCGAGGCGUCGGAGAAGAUCAUCAUCAACGUGGGCGGCACGCGACAUGAGACCUACCGCAGCACCCUGCGCACCCUACCGGGCACCCGUCUUGCCUGGCUGGCGGAUCCCGACGGCGGGGGUCGGCCGGAGUCGGAUGGCGGCGGUGCAGGCAGUAGCGGCAGCAGCGGCGGCGGCGGCGGCGGCGGAGGCUGUGAGUUCUUCUUUGAUCGGCACCCGGGUGUUUUUGCCUAUGUGCUCAACUACUACCGUACCGGCAAGCUGCACUGCCCCGCCGACGUCUGUGGGCCUCUCUUCGAGGAAGAGCUCACCUUCUGGGGUAUCGAUGAAACUGAUGUGGAACCCUGCUGCUGGAUGACCUAUAGGCAGCACCGGGAUGCUGAGGAAGCACUGGACAUCUUCGAGAGCCCGGACGGGGGCGGGGGUGGCGCAGGGCCCAGCGAUGAGGCUGGCGACGAUGAGCGGGAGUUGGCCUUGCAGCGUCUGGGCCCCCAUGAGGGAGGCGCGGGCCCUGGUGCUGGAUCUGGAGGCUGCCGUGGCUGGCAGCCCCGAAUGUGGGCGCUCUUCGAGGAUCCCUACUCAUCCCGGGCAGCCAGGGUGGUAGCCUUUGCCUCUCUCUUCUUCAUCCUGGUCUCCAUCACCACCUUCUGCCUGGAGACCCAUGAGGCCUUCAACAUUGACCGCAAUGUGACGGAGAUCCACCGGGUAGGGAAUAUCACCAGCGUGCGCUUCCGGCGGGAGGUAGAAACAGAGCCCAUUCUUACCUACAUCGAAGGUGUAUGCGUGAUGUGGUUCACUCUAGAGUUCCUGGUUCGCAUUGUGUGCUGCCCGGACACACUGGACUUUGUCAAGAACCUGCUCAACAUCAUCGACUUUGUGGCCAUCUUGCCCUUCUAUCUGGAGGUGGGGUUGAGUGGCCUGUCAUCCAAGGCAGCUCGAGAUGUGCUGGGUUUCCUGCGUGUGGUGCGCUUUGUACGCAUCCUGCGGAUCUUCAAGCUCACGCGCCACUUUGUGGGGCUGCGUGUGCUGGGGCACACACUCCGGGCCAGCACCAACGAGUUCCUGUUGCUUAUCAUCUUUCUGGCCCUGGGUGUGCUCAUCUUUGCCACCAUGAUCUAUUAUGCUGAGCGAAUUGGGGCCAGGCCAUCUGACCCAAGGGGCAAUGACCACACCGACUUCAAGAAUAUCCCCAUUGGCUUCUGGUGGGCCGUGGUCACCAUGACGACACUUGGCUAUGGGGACAUGUACCCUAAGACAUGGUCAGGAAUGCUGGUUGGGGCACUGUGUGCGCUGGCCGGUGUGCUAACCAUUGCCAUGCCCGUACCCGUCAUCGUCAACAAUUUUGGUAUGUACUACUCCCUGGCUAUGGCCAAGCAGAAGCUGCCCAAGAAGCGAAAGAAGCAUGUGCCGCGGCCAGCCCAGCUGGAGUCACCCAUUUACUGCAAGUCUGAGGAGACUUCGCCCCGGGACAGCACCUACAGUGACACCAGCCCCCCUGCCCGGGAAGAGGGUAUGGUUGAGAGGAAACGGGCAGACUCUAAGCAGAAUGGUGAUGCUAAUGCGGUGCUGUCGGAUGAGGAGGGAGCUGGCCUCACCCAGCCCCUGGCCUCGGCCCCCACCCCCGAGGAGCGGCGGGCCCUGCGACGCUCAGGUACGCGGGACAGAAACAGGAAGGCAGCCGCUUGCUUCCUGCUCAGUACUGGGGACUACGCCUGCGCCGACGGCAGUGUCCGGAAAGGCUGUGAAAAGUCCCGGAGUCUAAACAACAUAGCAGGAGCGACUGGAACCAGUCUGGGGCUGUCUCCACUGGCAUCGCGGUACAGCUCGCCCUAUCCUCCGAGAAAGCUCCUGCUCUCGCACCCCUUCCCCCCUCUCACCAGCCCCCCACCCGGUCACUCAGGUCCUUAGCUACACCUACGGCCUUCCUCAGCUUUGACAUGGGAACGCAUAGCCAAGCAGGCAUGUUUACAUCCCUUAUCCCUCCUGAGGUCUGAGGAAACAACAGAAGGGAACUUCCAUCAGGAUGGAGAAUUCGAACCCCGGAGCCUGCCCUACACAGCACCUGGCUCCCCCAAAUGUUCAGACAUGGAACCCGAGAGCAAGGGGGAGAUAUUCUCAGAGCUUCUCCCUGAACCAGGUGCUGGCACACGCAGGAGCUGCGUCUCUGGGUUUUGCCUCCAGCUCAGGAUCCUAUAGGCCAGGGGGUGCGUGGUGCGUGGAGUAUCUGGAACUUACUCAACCUUGCCUGCAAGUCGAACUUACAUUUGUAUUUUAAUCACAGAAAUUUCAUUUGCAUCCCUUAUGCCUUUAACCGGUAACCAAACAGCUUGUCUGUCUGUCUGUCUCUCCACCCCACUCCAAGAUCGGCAGGUAACAAGGCUGUCUCAUGGGGCAUCUCUGCUGGUGUAAAGGACACCUGACUCCUUGGAAGAGCAGCACCUGUGGUCAGAGUUGCCCUGGGAGGAGGACCUGGUGUUUUCCAGCUGCGGCAUGGGGCGCAGAUGGGAGUUCCUAGAAUCCGAGUCCCAGGCUUGGUGCAAGCCCCGGGCAGGGUGUCUAAGUGCAGGGAGGCCCUCCUCCCUGAAGCCUGUGCCCAGAUUCAGCGGGUGACACCCCGUGCGGCCCACCCAGCAUCCCAUCUGUGCCCUGCGCCUCAGCAUCCCUCUCCAUGCUGCUUCCUCUGCUUCCGCGACAGUUUGCUCCCUCUCCCCGCUCCCUCAGAUUCCCAGCCCUGCCUCUGAGUCACCUGCCACUCCCACCCAGCCUCUGCUCUGUAUUCCUGCCAGAACCGGAGACUCAUCUAAUUUCUAUAAUUAAGUGUAUUCAUUUACCUAACGAGCCCGGGAGCACAACAGGUUUGUGAGUCAUUGGGUGAGCAGGGGUACACCUUGCGCGGGGACAGCUGAGGGGAAGUGAGGAGACAGAAGCUCUCCUACCCACACCUGCCACUGGCCCCACCUGCUCCCAGGAAGCCCCUCCCUCAGCCCAGGGCUAAAGGACAAAAGCCUCAGCCAAGACAUUCCCUGUUUCACCUGAUGGGAAUUGACCUGACAGCGGAGCCACGUGCCUGGCAAUUUUAGGGUCGGAUUAUGCAACUUUGGACAGGGAGUGACUACCGGAAGGUCCAUAUUUGCUCCCUACAGGGUAAGGAAGGGACCUGGUGAGAUCGCUUUAGGGACCUGGCAGGAAACUGGGAAACCAGGGGCUCAACUCAAAAGGUGGCCCAGGCAUAAAUUGCUGGGGUUGGAGUGCAAAGCAUGGGACAAGCUCUGCCAGCACUGAGCAAACACUAGAUGACCUUCUGGAAGUUCUGUCAGAUCAGGCCCUGGGACGCUCCUGUUCAGCCGUGCUCUACGGGCCUGUAGCCGCUUGCUCGCAGAAGGAGGUGUCUUCUGAGAGCUGAUAUGAGGGGAUACAGGAAAGCCUGUGAAGCAGGGGAAGAUGCUGAGUCUGAAUCUAGCCUCCUUGUGGUAGGUUCGGCUCUACCCAGCAGGGCUCCUGGCACCAGGAGACUGUGGUCUGACAGAUUCAUGAUGAGCCAGGUGUCCAGUUUAGCAUGGGUACCACAGUUAUUUUCUCUGACUUGCUGUUCUGGUUUGGGGAGCUGAGGUAGCUAUUUCUGUGGCAUCCCUCAAGUUGUCAGGAGCCCAAGUUUCCACGGCACCCACCGCCUCCUCCCCUCUUCCCUCCUACGGGGAUGGGCAUGCUCACAGCACCCCAGUGGGGGGCACAGAUGUCCCUGGGCAACACAGUGCCUCUGCCAGGCUGAAGCCCCUAGUUUUUGUUGGAGGGAUGGGCUCCUAUACCCACCCCCAGUCUCCUAGCUCCAUAGGGAAGAGGCAGGCUCAGUUGGUGGGAGAACUUAGGUGAGUUAUCUGCCCUCAGCUACCUCUUAGGACUUUGGUGUUUGCCCAGGGGCUUGGGAAAGAAUAAAGCCAUCAUUUACAGAGUCUCCAUGCCUCCCUGAGAGGCAGUGGUCUAUACAAGUCUCAGGCCCAUCCAGGUGUUGAACGUCCUUCGCUAGGAGAAAGGUCUCUCCCACCGAGGGCAUAGUUAACCUUUCCUUAGAUUGGACUUGGGAUUGGACCUGUUGCUUUGGCUUCUAGAAACCUGGCCCUGUAGCCUGGGACCGGGCCCCCACUUAAAGAGCAAGUAGGCAGCCCAGGAUCAAACUCCUAGCCUUACCUUCCAGACUCUGCCAGGACAACUGAGAACCCUAGAGGUAGCUGUGCAGCCCAGUCUUCUAAGACAAGUGACCGUGAGGCGUCACCAGCAGGAAGGGGCCUGGCCAGCCUACAGCUGGGUCAACAAGGAGUUAGAAAGGAUGCUGAGUGCUGGCCAAGGCUCCAGGAAGCACCCGUGGGCCAAGACUGCCCUUCACAAAGUAUCAAGAGAGUAGGCCUCCCCUGCCCCUGAUCAGUCUCAAGUCUGAAUAUCCUGCCUUGAUCCUAGUGAGUCGUGGAGGUUAGAGUCCGGCAUUAGAUUCCAAGAAAGGAUCUCCCAAGACCCCAAGGGUGGAGAACGUAGAAGCCAUUGACAAAAGCCACCCAGGGCCAUUCUUUCUCCAGUGUGUCUUAGGAUCUAGUGGCCUGUAGAGUGCCCAAAACUACUCCUCUUUUCCGGGUGGGUAGGGACCAAUGGCUGGGUCCUUCUGAAUGUGCACAGACAGAGCAAUGUUAGACAUGCAGGGCAAAGGGUAGCUCUGUCUUGUCCUCAGAAACGGAGCACCAAAGAGUCUUGGGCUCACUCCUAUGGUUUUCUCAGGGACAGUACUCAAAGGCCUAGAACUCUAGAAGGCCAAGGGACAGUGUUUAAGGGGGCGAUCGGGGACACAGUCUUAAGGAGGUGGUAGCAGGUCAUGCUGAGAUGAGAACAUGUUUUUAUCAAAGAAAAAAGCUUUUGAACAUGUCAGGGAACCCCAGAGUAGCAACUGUGAGGCUUGGAUGCCAAAUGGCAUACCCACCUUUAACUGCAAGCCUAAUAACUGUACUAGUCAGCCUGGGGGGUGGGCGGGUGGAAACUUCUACCACACUAUUAGUCCAGUCUCCCUGGCUGUCUAGCCAGGACUGCCACUGGGAAAUAGGGGGAAAGACCCAAGCCUCAGAUAUCUGAAGCUGAGGGCAUGGGUUUCUUAGUGAGAUGCUGUGGGCCAGCCUGUUCUCCUGAGGCUGUGUGCCCUCCAUACCCCAUGCCUCAGGACUCUGCCUAUCACUUUGAGGUCAGGGGCUGGGUGUGACAUGGCUCCACGCUCUAGAGCCAUCUUCACUGGCUCCUGGGGAUAGUGAGAUUGUCCACGGUGGUGGGGGCAGAUGGGGCUAUUUGGGGGAGAGCACAGAUAGAGUAGAGAAUGGGUGAUGGGCCAUGAGCCAUCGUCCGCAUCAGGGGUUUUCCCCACCGCCUCCCUGCUAGACCAGAUGGAGUUUGCUAUGGCUCCUCUCCUUGCUGCAUUAGAACUCGGAAGACCGGAAAGGCUAGUACUUGGAAAUGGUUCCCUGCGUUCACCGUCACCUGGGUCUCCUUGGCCUGGAGAUGGGUUGGCAGAGGAGGGAUGUAGGUCUCACCCCACUCCCUGUACCACCCCAGCUCUUCCUUACCUCUUAGCCCUGGGUUCCCUAUGCGUCCCAGCUCUGCUCUUGGCUGUUCCUUAGCCCACAGCCUACGGGUCAGCGGCUGGCUGGCUUCCUUCUAACGUCUUACUCUUUGUCUCUCUCUCUCUUUUGCUGAACUCUUUGCCUCCCCCAGAAGGCAAUGUUGAACCGAAAGCGUGCGUCCCAGUGUCUCACACCUGUGCUCUUUAAACACAGAGACCUGCCAAGACGCCCUCUCGUCCAACUA